AUGGGUAGCUGCUUCAGUAGCGAGGGAGACAAUAAUUCGGGCGGCGGAAAGAGCAUUUCUCCAGAACCAAAUUUCAAUCCGGUCACAUACUCCCCCAGCCAGGAGCUUAUUCGGUCUGCAAAUCGAGUUGUCAUUGCUGUUCGCUUCGUUGCUCAAACCGUAUUACAAAAUGGAAGCAAUCACUGGGUCAUUUUCCUACAAACUGGUCAAGAAGAGGCGGUUCGCAUCAACAUGGAUCCCUCGCUCACACUUGGAGCACAAACUCCAGGCCAUGGUUAUCGGGGCGCAAUGACAAUUACACAUCGCAAUCAUGCUGUUACAAGAAAUCAUGAAUUGAUGAUAAGCAUUCCAACAGGCCGCCAGCAUACGGUGGCUCAAUUCAUCGACACGAUUGUUGGGGCGCGUCAUCAUGAGUAUGACUUCACAACUGAAGGUAGAGGCUGUACCGGAUGGAUUCUAGAUCAAUAUCAUCUCUUCCUUCGUCAAGGCCUAAUCCCGCCAAAGUUUGAUGCGAUCGAGAGUGCUAUCAAUAUGGAAUGGAGACAAGGAAAGCCAAGUGGUGGACGGCAAGCCACUCGUGGCUUUUAUAUGAAAGAUACUCGAGGUGGUGGGUGGAGCAGAGAUGGUGCUGUUGCACGUCGAUAG